AUGACCAACCAACAACCAGUUGCUCUCGUUGUGGGCGCAUCUCGCGGGAUCGGCCGCCAAGUAGCCAUCGACCUAUCAAAGAAUGGCUACGCAGUGAUGCUGGCAGCUAAAACAACCUCAGAUGCUGCCAAGACUACACCAUUCCCUCCUGAUCCCAACUCUUCGCAGUCAACUAUCAAUACAGUAGAACGCGAGAUCUUGGAGGCAGGAGGCCGUGCCGGAGCUAUUGCAGUGGACGUGCGUGAUGCGGCACAAAUCCAACAUGCAGUCGAUGAGACCGUUCGAAUCUUUGGAAAAUUAGAUGUAUUAGUGUAUAACUCUGGGGCCAUCUGGUGGUCUUCUGUGGAAAACACACCGCUCAAGCGAUUCCGACUGAUGCAGCAAAUUAACCCAGAAGGUCUCUAUGCCACUGUGCAGGCUACACUGCCGCAUUUCGAGAAGAAUGGCUGGAAAGGUCGGAUUGUGGUCGUUUCGCCCCCGAUUUACUCGAGGUUCUUCAGGGGAAAGACUGCUUAUGCGAUGGGCAAGGUUGGAAUGAGUGUUUUAGUCAAAGGUCUUGCCAUGGACUUUGUACGACAGGAUCGGACAGAGAUGGCUAUUACAAGCAUCUGGCCAGCGUCGUCGAUUGAGUCAGCUGCUACUGAGCAUAAUAAAUCCUUUGACGAAUCACACAAGAAAGAUCUCAGAAAACCAGCCAUUUUCUCUGAUGCCAUCUUGAAGAUGCUACGUGCCCCAGUCACUACUGUGAACGGGCUUUUGGACACCGACGAGGAUUUCCUUCGGAAGUGCGGAGUCACCGACUUUUCGAAAUACUCGGUUAUACCAGGCUCUACACCUCGUCGCAUCAUGCCAGCUGAGUUCCCAGUCUUGGAGGUCGCAGAGCAGGACGACGAAGGGCAGAGAAUGGACAGCACCAAACUACGAGCAAAGAUGUAA